UUACGCUCCUUUCAUUAACCAAAACGACGCGUUUUGCUCCAACCUCGCGUAAUGCGGAACCACAUUUUCUGCUUCUCGAGGCGUCGUUUACCACUCGUCCACCGUCGUUUCCUCCGCCACUUCAUUUCCGGCGACCUGUACGACCCGCCGUUUUCCCCUUCUCCGAAACCGCAGAAAGCGAAGAAGAAGAAAAUUUCCGAAAACGAUAGAAACGAAGCUCCGAAAGUUCCUCUUAAAUCGGAGCUUCCAUUCGACUUCAGGUACUCUUAUUCGGAGACCGGCCCGUCCGUUCGGCCCAUCAGCUUCCGCGAAUCGCCCAAAUUCUCCCCGUUUGGGCCGGGCCGCCUCGACCGGAGAUGGACCGGUGUUUCCGCCCCGGUUCACCACGAACCGGACCGGAAGAGAAUCGAGGGGGAGCGAGAAAGGGUCCUCGGAGCGCCGCUUAGCGAGGAGGAGGUGGCGGAGCUUGUCGAACGCUACCGUCACAGUGACUGUUCCAGGCAAAUGAAUUUGGGGAAGGGGGGAGUCACUCACAACAUGUUGGAUGACAUCCAUAACCAUUGGAAGAAGGCUGAAGCUGUGAGGAUUAAGUGCUUGGGUGUGCCAACUCUUGACAUGGACAAUGUUUGCUUCCACCUUGAGGACAAGUCUGGUGGGAAAGUUAUCUACCGCAACAUUAAUAUACUGCUUCUGUACAGAGGACGAAAUUAUGAUCCUAAGAACCGUCCAGUUAUUCCUCUCAUGCUGUGGAAGCCUUAUGCACCUAUAUAUCCUAGGCUUGUGAAGAAUGUAAUCGAGGGUUUGACAUAUGAGGAAACAAAAGAAAUGAGAAACAAUGGAUUGAAUUCACAUCCUCUGAUGAAACUCACUAGAAAUGGUGUUUAUGUGAAUGUGGUGGAGAGGGUGAGGGAAGCUUUGAAGGCUCAGGAGGUUGUGAGACUGGACUGUACACAUGUGGGAACAAGUGACUGCAAAAAGAUUGGAGUGAAGCUAAGGGAUUUAGUGCCAUGUGUCCCUAUCUUGUUCAAGGAUGAGCAGAUAAUCCUCUGGAGAGGAAAUUUCGAUGAAGAGCAGCCUUCAGAUUCACAAUGCCAGCAAUUGACGGUCUUUAUGGUAGUUGAUUAUUAAACAUAUUUUCAGCUACGUUGUUGAUACAAAGUGCAUGUACUUAGGAUCCUCAUGCACCAUGGCACGGGUAAGAUUGUGGACUAGACAUUCUUGAUCAUGUAAUUACAAGUCCUCGUUUCCCUUAUUACUGAAAUGUUCUGGGAAUAAUUGUCUAGUCCUGUGAUACGUGAGACAGCUUGUGGAACCUAUUCAAAACAAUACUUUUCUGCUGAAGAAAGGAUUGGCCGGGGAUCAAGACAAGUACUUUCCAUACACAUUUUGAGUGGUCAUUCAGUACAUAAUAAAGCCAAUGGAUUGAAGAAAGGAUUGUCUUUUUCUUGGAGAGGAUUUUUUCAUUUUCUGGAAUGGUUUCAGUUUCAGGCUUUCAGCUUAUGAAGUUGUAGUAUUUUCAAAAGUCACCAAGGUCCGAGGUGUUAAUAAUUUAGGCUAAGCUAGCCUCUUUGUUGCAAAUGACUUCCCGUAUGUCUUUAUUUCAGCUUUUAAAUGAAGAAUUUAAUGUGAUGACACAAUUGGAGUUU